AACUCCCCCUACUCCAUCAUCUCCGACCUCCCCUCUUUCGACGACGACAACGCCCUGAAUCUGUUCGACAACCCAUCCGGAAUCACCAUCACGGAGGAGUACGACCCCACUGAAUACGAUAUACCCGACUCUGGCACCCUGCUGACACUCGACCAAGGAUUCAUGUCUGGCGAGGCUUUCCCGCACGUAUCCAUCACCCCUGCGCCUGCGUUCGACCGGAAGGUCCCUGCGACGAACGAGUCUGGCCCGUUUGAACACAGUUCACCUGCUUCAAGCAAUGGAGCGGAAGACGACGCCCGGAGCCAUGCGUCCUCCACUUCCUCGUUUCGACACAACAACGGGUCUCCCCACCUAGACUUCGAGCAGAACUUCGAGGGCCUGCGCUUUGAGUCUCCGGCAUGGGGUGCUCAAAACCUUCCUUCGUCACCGCCAGCCCAGAAAGCGCCGUCGCCGCCUCAACUGGUAAUCCCUGCCAGCCCAGCUCCGAGCUCGACCGGACUUGACGUUACGUCACCCCCGACUAUCAAUGCGCCUGCUGGCGAUGGCAUGCCAGCGCACCCGCAACUUCACAUUGUGCCCGCGACGCCUGUCAGUGGAGGUGCCGAUGGGCAGCAACCGUCCCUAUUCCGAAAUGUACCCUCGGGUGAGUGCGUUACAAUGUCAUGCCAGCACACUUGUUCAUGUUUCGUAGAUGGUCAACACGGACUGACGUCCUCAGAUCCGGCAAACUGGGAUGCGCAUGCUCAGUUGUCGCAGUCCAUCCAGGACCAAGUGGGUACAUCGGGAAUGUCCUACGGCGGCGAUGAGGCGUCGGGUGAUUCGUCACAGGCCCAACAAUAUUUGACCCAGUCGCUCCGCCAUCCCUCAUCCGCCGGUCCCGUCCAUAGUACAUUCGGCGGCCAACCUCUACAGCCAAACCUCUCCAACCAGUUCAACUUCGGCUCCUUUGGCAACGACUACCUCUCGCCCGACAUCGCCGCAUCCAACCUACGCCGCACGAAAUCCGACGGCAGAGGCCAUCGCGUUGUGCGCUCAGAAGACUACGGUUACGGUCACCAGAGCACCUCCUUCCUCAACCCGAACGAUAUGUUGGUCCCUCCGCCGUCCAUCACUCAGCAGGAGUUCCUUCGGAACGCGGCUACUCGCCAGUUCCUCCAUCCCGCCGAGCCCGUCGCGUCAAUACGUGGCCAUCAUCGCCGCGCGUCUUCUGGGUCACGGGAGCGUCCUGGCAUGGGCGGUAUCUCAGGAUGGAGCAGCGGCGCGAGCAGCGCGCGCGCGAGCCCGUACCCGUCGCCGUCGGCUAGCCCGCGGCCUGGGUACGGGCUGUUACCGGACAUGGGCGGUAUGCCCAUGAGCGUCAGCAUGACCGCCAUGCACCGCACGCCGUCGGGGACGAUGAUGACCACAGAUAUGAGUAUGGACGGCGGCAUGGGCUCGAUGUCGAUGGACACGAGCAGCGUGCCCGCGCACAUCGCGAAGGUGAACGUGACGACGCCGAGUACCGCGGAUGCGAGCCAGAAGCGGCGGAAGCAACCGGCGAACUUUGUGUGUCCCGUCCCGGGGUGCGGAAGCACGUUCACGCGGCACUUCAAUCUGAAGGGUGAGUCCCGUCGAGCAUCGUUCCUGCCAUGCGUAGUCAAGCUGACGCGUAUUUGUGAUAUAGGUCACUUACGGUCCCAUGCGGAAGAGAAGCCGUUCCAAUGCAAAUGGCCUGGGUGUGGCAAAGGCUUCGCCAGGCAACACGAUUGUAAACGACACGAGCAGUUGCAUCUCAAUAUCCGCCCUAUCCUUGCGAGGGCUGCAAGAAGAACUUUGCCAGGAUGGACGCGCUUAACCGCCACCGUGAGUAUCCUCAUGAUCGCCGUGUCCUUUCACGGUAGCUGA